AAACUAGUCUGGCGGGUGCACCGGGGUGGGGGAGCCAGCGGGCAACAAACAACGAGCGGCUGCGCUAGUGGCGGGUCGUUUUCCUUGCAAACACGCAGCCGGGUGUAUGUGUGAACGAAUAGCCCCUGUACUCUGGUACAGCCCCUAACCUCUCCGUAAAGCCUGCGUCACAGCCAGGCCUCGCCAUCCUUCCCAAACGCGCUCCACCUCUGCGCACGCGUGCUGAGCUAAGCUGAGCCCAAGGUUACCUGUUCGGGCUCGGCCCUUGUUUAUCCCUCGCUGGCGUCGUGCCUGAUUGCUCUCCUCUGCAAUAGACCCCAUCUCAUCCCUCCCGCGUUCCCCACCCCGGCGACGCAUCGAAAUCCCCAAGUGGGAGAAGCCUGCAGGGACGCCGCCACAAGGAGCAGAUAUGGGGAAAUCAUUUUCGCUACCUUCCCAUAUAUCUAGAGAAGAUGGAAGUUCAUCAGCUGACAAUAUGAAGAAUGGCUUAGUGCAUUCAGAGUCACACAGUGAAGACGGAAGAGGUGGAGAUGUGUCGCAGUUUCCGUAUGUUGAAUUUACAGGAAGAGAUAGCGUCACGUGUCCCACCUGCCAGGGAACAGGGAGAAUCCCACGAGGACAAGAGAACCAGCUGGUUGCCUUGAUUCCAUACAGUGAUCAAAGGCUGAGGCCAAGAAGAACAAAGCUUUAUGUGACUGCUUCUGUAAUCGUCUGCUUACUGCUUUCUGGGCUGGCAGUAUUUUUCUUAUUUCCUCGCUCUAUUGAUGUGGAAUACAUUGGAGUCAAGUCGGUGUAUGUUAGCUCUGAAGCACCGAAGCAUGUAAUAUAUUUAAAUAUCACGAAUACACUGAACAUAACAAACAACAACUAUUAUGCGGUGGAAGUUGCAAACAUUACAGCUCAGGUGCUACUUUCAAAGACUGUUAUUGGGAAAGCACGGCUGAACAACAUCACUCACAUUGGCCCACUAGAUAUGAAGCAGAUUGACUACAUGGUACCUGCGAUUAUACAAGAUGAAAUGAGCUACAUAUUUGAAUUCUGUACCCUACCCUCUAUCAAAGUGCACAACAUAGUUGUAAUGAUGCAAGUGACUGUGACAACCUCGUACUUUGGCCAUUCUGAACAAAUAUCUCAGGAGAGAUAUCAGUAUGUAGACUGUGGUGGAAACACAACUUAUCAUCAGGGACAGACAGAAUAUCUAAAUGUCCUCCAGCCGCCUCAAUGAAAAGACCGGAGUUAAAGCUUGUAUGGGGAAAGAAGAUUGCUGUUGGUUCAUCAGUACAGAACUUUUGCUCAUAUUUGGUACUAACUUUAAAAGGGCAUCUGUAUAUAGUUUAACUGUCCUGAAGGCUUUGAGACAUAACAGAAAAAGUGCAAAAUGUAUAUUAUUCGAAAUGAGAACUUCUUCCUCUACUUUUAAUGUGUAAGUAUUCUGUCAAAGUGUCAGGAAGGAAAUGAAUCCUAAAUUGGUGAGCUUGUAGUUUUCGUACAUGGAUUCACAACAUCAGUGUGCAACCACAUAAUUGUAUAAAUGACACUGGGUCACUUAGAAGUGUUACCUUUGAGAAGUUGAUCACAAAAUGGUUAUUCUGGUUAUGACUAUUUCAUUCAGAUGACAGCCUGUACAUCUGAUGAACUGAAAUGUAUUUAGCUGUGUUAAGGCAUUUUAUUUGUAUUGUUUAUAUACUACCUGACAAGGUUGUUGAGGCAGUAUAGAAUACUAGAACAACCAAUAACAAUUCGAACCAACACAAAACAAUGAAAAAGCCACUAUUAUAAUUUUAAAUCACAUUAGCAGCAGUUAACAAUUGCUAUAAAUAAACUUGCCUAAUUUAAAAUUAAUUCAGUAGCUACAAAACCCAUGCAAUCAGGUAAAUAAAACUAACCACACACACAGAUUAAAAAAUCUGGUCAUUAAUGGCCAGGAUAAUUUUUUUUAAAGCCUCAUAACUGGUCCUAAAAAUUGAACAAAGAAGGGGAGAGUAGAUUCUAAUAACAAGGUGUCACCACUUAGCCAUUUUCGUUAUUGCCCUGCAUCUCAUUUUGCAAGCGAGAGUACUCACUGGGGUUCAAAUGCUGAACUUAGAAGCUAAUAUUUGCUUUAACAACUAUACAGCAAUUCAGUUUUCAUUGUACUAGAAUUGUUUUAGUCUGUUGCAGCUUGUAUGAUUUUUAAAAUUCUGUUAUAGCUUGUAUGAUACAAUCUUGUUUCCACAAAUCUGACUGAUCUGCUCGAACUAUUUGAGUAGACUGGAGAUGUAAAUACCCUUGGGAGACAGAGAGAUUUGCAGAAUGAUGGGAGCAGGAUAAAGUGUAAACUAUGAUUCAUAAAAUGUUAUGUAGGAAAAACAACCCUAGCAGUACAUACCUGCAAACUUUACUGUAGGGAAAUAUAUAUAUAUAUUUGGAAGUUAUUUUAUCUAUAUAUAAAAUAUAUAUAUAUAUAAAAUAACUUCCAAAUUUGUUGAUCAGCAUAAUGCAAUUACAUGCUUCAAAUUUUGUGUUUCAGUUUUAAGAUCACUUAAUUGCCACUGUAAUAAUACUUGACUGUAGACUUUCGACAGCUUUGUGAUAAUUAAAAAUGUGAGUCAGAAUUCAGGCUCCACCCCCACCCCCCAAUCAUACGUGUUUUCUCAGUUUUCAGAUAGGGAGCUGAACUAGAACAAAGUCAUAACUACCCUUUAAAAGCACACAUGCACAAGGUUAGUUAGAGCUGAAGUAUAAUUUUACUUGACAUUAUCUUAGUACUGAACUGAAAAGGGAGGUCACUGUUGUAGUGCUAGUACGGCUUAACUUGCUCUCUCCCAUGGCAUUCUAGUAAUGAUUGAAGGGAAGCAGUGACGCGGACAUGCUGGAAGAGGUGGUUUCUUCCUAGGUUGGCCAUGUUUAUGUUAAGCAACCCUGUCUCCAUAACCCAUUUUUUCCAAUCCUUACUACCAUUAGUGGAAUGGUAGGCAGCAGGCCCAUUCUGCUACUGCUUUUAUGCCUUUCAGGUUGUUUGAGUAGGGGUGGAUAUAAGGUGCAUCCACCUGGUAAGAAAGCAUUUUGUUAUUGCUCACUUGCAGUAUUUUUCAGUUCACUGCAUUUUCAUCUCAAUGUGUCUGCUUCUUCCAUGUAAGAUACAGUAAAACAACCCUGUUCUAGUAGAAUAUAAAGUGAUUACUAACCAUUUUAAAACUCUGGGCCAUGUUAACUCAAGUUAGGCAAUAACAAAGUUUCACUGGUUUUUGAUGGGAUAAAUUUAAGCAUGUGGUUAAUUUUUCUCAUGGAAGUUAAAAAUUAAGCACUUCUACGUUUUAAAAGAAAACAAUAUUCUUUAAUGAAUUGGCAAGGGUUUGAUACAACCAACACUUGACAAGAAAGGUGAGAGUUUGCAAAUGGUAAUGAUAUCAAAUGGGAGUAUUCUCCUGCCAACCUUCUUCCAGUGGGUGAUCUUAAAAGAGAAGAGUCCUUAAAGAACCUUGUAAGGCCCAUAGCAUAUUUGCUUGACUAGGAGAGAUCUAUGCAAGAAUUACCGUAUAAAGCUACCGGUAUAUGGAUUUCUAUAAAAUUGUCCAAAACUCUUAUUCUGUAUCUCAGUUCAACACUUGCAUUCUGCUGUUGAGGUGAUGGGAAGUGUUUUGGAAUUUGCUUUGUAAAUAGAUGUAUAUUUCACAGUAGGUAGUUUUAUUUUGGUCAGGUGAUGUUUCACUGUCAAAAAAGGUGGGAAUCUGUUAUCCGCUUGUCUUACAGCUCUCAUUCUGUAGCUGAAGCAUUUUGCACUUUGAAUAGAAGUUGGUUGGAUAAAAAUCAGCAGUCCUGGUACUGCAUUGUAGUACCACUAUAUGUGCUUUUGAUGGGAAAUGAAUAAUUUAGGGAGUCAUUAUUAGGUAGUAUGUUAAUUAUGGAAUCUGUUCAGUAUAAUCAAAAUACAAUCAUGAUUAUUUUACACCUCUUAAAGACCAGCAUUUAGACACUUGUUCUAUAAAUUUUAACAUUCCAAGGGUACUCUUAUUUUUCUGUAACAAUACCUUUUGGAAGGUUUUACUGCAUUUCUAGUGUAUGUGUGUGUGGCAUUAACAUUGCUGAACUUUAAUUUGUAAUGAACUAUUGCUGCUGAACUUUUACUUUGAUACAGUUUAUAUAAAUUGGCAAUGGAGUAAAACCUUGCAACAUUUUGAGACUUCCAUGUGUGAGGUAAAGCAUGGGCUAGCCACAUAUUGUACAGCCAAUCUGUUUGUUUAAUUGGGAAAGUGUCUUAAAAGAGCUGGACAAAACUCCUGGGUAGACAGAAUCAAAGCACAAUUCAUUGCCAUCUUAUCUUUGUCUUCAAUGCCUUUUUUCUGAUUUGUAUCCUAUAGGUAAGUUUAAGGUAUUGCUGCCGUAAAUGGGGAGAAAACUCUUGCAUUGUUUGAGCGUGGAGCGUAGAUCAUUUCUUAAGUAUUUUAACCUGCGCUCUCAGCAGAGCAAUUAUCGAGGGAACUUUUAAUUUCCAGUUAUUUAUUUAUAUAUGUAUAUACAUAUACACAAACUAAUUACAAGCCUGCAACUGAAACACAUCAACAGAUCAGUGAGGAGAAAGUUAGCAUUAGGCAAAUCUUUAAAACAUUAAAACCUGCCAAAGGGCAUGAAAUGGACCACCUGCAGUUAGAUUCAUGAGGGAAGGAAAAUGCAACAGAACAGUCUAUACAGUAAAGGUUUAGGUGGUAUAGAAAACUUAACUGGUGUCAAGCAGAUAGCUGAGGGGAGCCACCCUUGUGCUUUGUUCUAAGAGGGUACGCAGAACCAAGAUUCUCAUUGUUCUCAGCUGGUUAGCAGGUAGCCCUUGAAGUAUCCUACUCCCAGACAAUAAUUAACACUUCAAAUAGUGCCCAGAAGUGAAGGUAAAGUAUGGUUUGUUUCUUAUAAUUGGCAUAAGCUAUAAUGUUGGUGUUGUGUCGUGUGCCAGCUGAUGAUUCCAAACAGUUUUCAAAGACAGUUCCAACUUGUGUUCCUACAAAGUCAAGGAAGGAACACAACUUCUACAUAGGCUGAAGUUUAAAGAUUCUAGUAGUUUCAGACAUGCCUUGGUAGUCAUUCAGUUGUAAGUUUGAUCUAAUAGUGCCCCUGAGGUGUGAACCUGCUGUGGUAAGACAUGUACAGCUCCAUUUAUAAUGGGCUGACUUCCCAAUCCCUGAUUGGCUAUAUUAUCAACCAACAGUAGUACCUCAAUAUUUUCUAGGUUUUUAAUUUACCAGCCUGCCUUCAGCAUGUUACUGCCAUCAGAUACUUUUUCUGGUUUUGUAAGGCCUCACCUCAGUCAGUCGUAAGAAAAAAAUAGUGUGUCUUAAGCGUGAUUGCUUUUCAUUCCAAAUCUCCUGAUAUCCUCUUCCUGUGAUCUCAUGUAGAUGUUAAAUAGUAUGAGAAGCAAGACUGAAUCUUGCAGGAUUCUCUAGUACAAGUGUUACAGAGUUGAAGACCUGUCCCCAGAAUUACCUUUUAGUACCAAUUGGCAAGAUAAUAAUGGAACCAUCAGAACUCAGCACUUCUAACACCUGUCUUUGUUAAGGGGAUGCUGUAGCUGAUAGUACUAGAAACUGCUGAGAAGUUCGGGAGAACCAAUAAGGUCAUAUUUCCUGUGUCUCAUGGCAUAAGCAGCAAAGGCAGCAUCCGUUACAAAAUCAUUGGAAGCUGGUGUGAGACGGGUCUAUAUAACCCAUCUUAUUAAAAAGCCCAGGAAUUCCACAGCAACCAUUGACUUGUGUACCUUAUUUUAAAAAGGAGGGGUGUGUGUAAUUGAUAGGGGAUGACAGUUGUUCAAAUUGCUUCAGUUCAUGGAUGGUUUGAUGUUUUUUCCCUGAAAGUUUAAUAAUUUCUUCAAGGCAGUUGGCAUUAUCCCCGACUUCAGUAAGGUUUCUCUGCUCUCUGGAUUUGACUGAGCUGUAAGAUGUAAUGAGCUGUGAGAACAAAGGGUUUUGGAUGGGUGUGGUAGGUCAUACUCCUUCAAGUAUGUUUUCCCUAUCAGACUGCCACAAGUAAAGUUCAUCUAGCACGUUCUGAUUUUGAGUGAGCUUCAAUCACAGUUAUACUUCUAGAAGUCAUUUGUUGACAUAUUGGGCAAUCAAUUAUAAUUUAAGAUGUGCAGUAGGCAAUAUUUGAAUGCUAGAGAUAGGUUCAUAUUUCAAAAUUUGUGCUUUUCUGUCCAAUGGAAGGUUGAUUGCGCCACAUCAUGCACUGGAUAACCAUGUUCUUAGCUGGCAAAGGUAGGGCAGGCCCUACAAUUUUAUUGGGUACUAAAAAUUUCUACAUAAAACACAGAUUAAUUUAAUGACCUACUUACUGUUCACAGUUUUUUCAAAAGUGACUUCUGUUCAUUAACCACUACUAGUGUUCAAAAAUGCAUAUAAUUUAUGUAUAGAAAUACUAAAAGGUGAUAACUAUUUUUGUAAUUUCAGAAAUGUAAUUGUUCCUGUAAUAGUGUGUGGCAAAUGAUCUGUAUGCGGUAUUUUAAAGCAUGAAUAAUAAAGCUUCUCUAUUCAGUGUG